UACCCUCUGCCCACCUUCUCCAUUAUUUUCACACGCAUCCUCCUUUUUUUUUCUGAUUAGGUUUAGAGUAUUUUCAAUUGAAGUCUUCGAGAUCUCAGUUCUAUUUCCGGUUAGGGUUAAGGCUUUGCUCCACUAGUUUCUGCUAUUGUAGAGAUUAUUUCAGCUACUGCGAAUUUCUAGUGAGAGAAACGUAAUUCUAGUGAGAGAAACAUGAGCGGGGAGCUUGUAGGUAUCCAACCCCGCGAGCUGAAGUUCACCUUUGAACUUAAAAAGAAAAGCUCAUGCUCUGUUCAGCUUGUCAACCACUCGGACCAAUAUGUUGCUUUCAAGGUUAAGACAACCUCUCCCAAGAAAUACACUGUGCGUCCAAACAUUGGAGUUAUCUUGCCAUAUGCAACUUGUGACUUUACAGUCACAAUGCAAGCUCCUCAUGAAGUACCACUAGGCAUGCAGUGCAAGGAUAAGUUCUUAGUUCAGAGUACUGUUGUUCCGUUUGGGACUACCGUAGAAGACCUCCCAUCUGGCUUGUUUUCACAAGAAAAUAGCAGAAAAUUUGAAGAAUACAAGUUGAAAGUGGUCCUUAUCAGCCCCCCCAACUCUCCCGUGUUGCAACCAAUCAAUGCAGCCUUGAGGUCAUCAGAACCGGCUUAUGAAACAGAGCCAGCUUAUGAAACUUUAAAAGCAAAAGAGCAACCAUUGGAUCAAACUGAAAACCUUCCUCCGCCUCAAGUUGUUACUGAGGAUAUCGAGAAUCUGAGAUCAAAGCUGAGUGAGGUUACUGAGGAUAUCGAGAAUCUGAGAUCAAAGCUGAGUGAGGCUGAGAGGAUGAUGACAAGGUUGCAGGAAGAGAAAAGCAUUAUCCUCGAGCAAAAUGAAACAUUGCAACAAGAAAUGGCAUUAGUGAAAAAGCGGCCUCGAGUGAAAGUGCAAGUGGGUUUCUCCUUUUUAUUUGUCUGUUUUAUCGGCCUUGUUGGUGCAUCUUUGGGUUACCUCCUACAUCUCUAGUCUUUUCACAUGUUUUGGGGCUCCACGCUGGUUAUAGUGAAAAUUUGUGGGAAUUUUUGAAGUAUUUAUAUUUGUUUAGAAAAUUAUAAAUAGCCCUUUUGUUGUUUAAAAUCAAUAAUGCAAAUUGCUGUUCCUUCAAUGUAUAUUAGUUCUUUCUUGA